UUUUUUUUUUAUAUAAUAUCAUGAAAUCACUCAAGGAACAACAUUCUUUUCAAGUACCUUUACUUUCUAGACCUAUCAACUCGAAUACAACUUCCUUCAUUUUACCUAGUUCAACUCAACAAGGGUCAUUCAAAAGACACCGUACUGAAAGAGCCUGUGAUACUUGUAGACGUAGAAAAGUAAGAUGCGACAUACCAGAGGCUGGACUUGCUUGUAAACAAUGUCUUCGUAAUAAUGGUGUUUGUAUCUUUACCUCAACUCCAAGAAAACGUGGUCCUCGAAAUGUGGCCAUACUAGAAGAGCGAUUACAAAGAAUGGAACGUCUGAUCAUUAGUUAUCAACAACAACAAGUGCAACAACAGGAACAAAAUAGUAAGCAACAUGACAAGCAAAAGAAUACGACUUCAAAAACAAGCAUGGAUUUGAUGCGACAAUAUUUAAUUCACGUGGGGCGUCUCCAACCAGAAGAACCGAUCAAUGGGAUUAAUGAUUGGAUUUAUAGGGUAGCUGGAAUUGAUAAACAAACUAGUGAUGAACUGAUGAAAGUAUACUUUGCAUAUGUUUUUCCGGUCUUCCCAGUGAUCAAUAAGGCAAGAUUUUUACAAGAAUAUAGGCAUCAAGUAUCUCUUUUCCCUAGUCCUCCUUUAUUGUGUGCCAUGUAUGGUGCUGCUGUACGAUAUAUUGAGAGUUGUAAAGCCUUUCGAGCCGACGAUCUUCCUUUACCACUUAUUGAUGCCGCAAAUCAAAGGUCUUCCGAAUCCUGGGCUCAACUUCAUAUGAAAUAUGUCAAGGCCAGUCGUGGUGCCAGUCUUUCUGUUGUCCAAUCUCUUAUUAUUUGUAUGCAACAUCGCUCAAGUACCAAUCAUCAAUGGUCCAAAGUCUGGUUACUGAAUUCUAUGGCAAUAAGGAUGGCUCAAGAUAUUGGUUUGCAUCGAAAUACUCAAGAUUGGGCUUUAUCUGAUGGUGAUAGGGAAACAAGACGACGAACUUGGAGUUUAUUAUAUAUAUUGGAUAGAUGGUUUUCUGCUGGUGCUGGAAGACCUCUUACUGUAUUUGAUGAAGACUGUGAUCAAACUUAUUCAGAAACAUUUGAUUUUGCUGAAUUUUUGGAUGAUCCUCAUUACUUUACAAACAAUACUAGUUCAUUACUACAAGAACCAAGAUUCCCCUCAUGUAUUCCGUGGCGAAACUCUUUUGAAAUGAUAAAAUGUCCCAAACUUCCGAUUUUUGAAUCAUUGAUACAAGUGGCAAAACUCUCCAAGAUAGUGGGUAAUAUUAUACAAGGUCUAUAUACACCAAUGGGCAGGAAAAAAUGUUUGGAAACUGGUAGUAACGAAAUCGUAACUGUAUUGGAACACUCUUUAACUGAAUGGCGUGCUAAUCUACCGUCAUUUUUACAAGUGGUUGGUAUUCCCAUGGUCCAAUCUCAUCCUUCUUACAAUGAUGAUUCUAUGAUGGUAUUAUCUGGUUUUCUUGGAAUGUCCUAUUAUACAGCAUUGAUUUUACUUCACCGGGUCUUUAUUUUAUCCAAAAAUCCAACCGCAUCAUCCCAACUAUCUCUUCAAAUUUGUACCAAUGCUGCUAUUCGAUGUGUGGAUCUUGCACGAAAAAUUCAAACACGCGAUUUUAUCUUGGUAUCAUGGGGUUUUACCAUUUAUCCUCUUUUUAUCGCAUCCUUGAUUCAUGUUUACAAUGCUAGUAGUGGUGACAGUAUGGUCGCUGACGUUGCCAAAGCAAAUCUUUUACGUGUCUUAGCAAUUCUACAACUUUAUGGAAAACUCUCACCAUUAGCGGAAAGUCUAUAUGCAACUCUUUCUUGUGUGGCUCAGCAUCAUUGUCAUUUAUCUUCCCAAUCAACAACGGUUUCUUAUUUACAUCAAUAUCACAACAAUACUAAUGGGACAACAACUUUUCUCAAUAAUAAUGACGAUAAUGGAGACAAUAGCAAUGUCUUUUCGACCACAUCAUCAGAAUCAUCACCAACAAUAUCAAGAACCCAUUAUUCUCAGAGUAUGAUCGAGUGGUUGGAAAACGUAUGUGCCCCUAUACCUGAUACGAAUUACGAAUCUACUGACGCUUUUGGAUUCCAAUCAUUUGUUCAUUUUGGUGUACCAAAGUGCCCUUAUCAUUCUUCAACUCUCGAUCAACAACCAACAAUAUCAGUAUUAUCUUCAUGUAAAGGAAAUAAUAGAAAGUAUGAUGAUAACGAAAUGAUUGACUCGAAAACGACUCCACCUUAUGCUGAUUUCUUGCUAUAUGGUGACAACUUGAGUGACAACACUUCUUCGACAACAACAGCAACAUCACCAUUAUCAUCGUCAAAUGAAUAUUAUCCUGGGGAUGUUUUUUGGCAAAUACCUAGUGGAGUAGAAUUAAGUGAAUGGCCAUCAUUUCCUGUUCAAGUUGAAACUGUAUAGUUAGUCUUCUAUUUCCCCCCUCCUUUUUCUCUCUCUUUUUUUUUUUUU